AUAUCGACAAAACUGUAGGGACUUUUCGUUUCGGUUGGUCACAUUGGCUAUAGCCUUGCCAUCUAAAAAUAAUUUCGAAAGUUUCUUUUUAACUUUCCUACAGACCCGGUGGUUCUCGUAUUAUUAAGAAAAACCCGAUUUUGGGUUGUUUUCAAGUUUCACCUGUGAAAUACAAAUAACUACCAGUGGAGUCAAAUAAAAUAGGACGCCAAAAUGCCCCUUUCCUGUCGUUUUUAUAAAGAGAAAUACCCCGAAGUGGAAGAUGUGGUCAUGGUCAAUGUUAGAGCCAUCGCCGAAAUGGGGGCUUACGUUCAUUUGUUAGAAUACAAUAAUAUUGAGGGCAUGAUAUUACUGUCCGAGCUGUCCAGAAGGCGUAUUAGGUCCAUUAACAAGUUGAUCCGAGUAGGGAAAACUGAACCUGUUGUAGUUAUUAGGGUAGACAAAGAAAAAGGAUAUAUUGAUUUGUCUAAAAGAAGAGUGAGUGCCGAGGAUGUAGAGAAAUGUACAGAAAGAUUUGCAAAAGCAAAAGCUGUCAACUCCAUUCUUAGGCAUGUAGCUGAAUUGUUAAGAUAUGAAUCUGAUGACCAAUUGGAGGAGUUGUAUCAAAAAACUGCCUGGUAUUUCGAAGAGAAAUACAAGAAAAACAAGGCUUCCGCUUACGAUUUUUUCAAACAGGCUGUAGCGGACCCGAGCAUAUUGGCCGAAUGCAACUUAGAUGACAAGACAAAAGAAGUCUUACUAAGCAACAUAAAACGUAAGCUAACCUCCCAAGCGGUGAAAAUAAGGGCGGACAUCGAGUGUGCCUGCUACGGCUAUGAAGGAAUUGAUGCAGUAAAAACAGCCCUCAGGGCUGGUUUGGAAUUGUCCACUGAAGAGUUACCUAUUAAGAUUAACCUUAUUGCCCCACCCUUAUACGUAAUGACAACCUCAACGCCCGAGAAGCAGGAUGGCUUAAAGAAGCUGAACGAAGCAAUAGAUGUUAUUAAAGUGAAAAUUGGGGAGCUCGGAGGGCAUUUUAAUGUGCAAAUGGCUCCUAAAGUGGUGACUGCGACCGAUGAGGCGGACCUUGCCAAGCAAAUGGAACGUGCGGAAAUGGAAAAUACCGAAGUUGCAGGGGAUGAUGACGACGAGGAGGAGGAGGAAGGACAGGUGUACAGUGAAGGUGAAGACGAAGAAAAAAAUGGUGGAGACGGAGGUAACACCGACGAAGAAGACUAGACGCAGCAGUCUCUUAACAUCAAAAGGGUUUAAUACUUUAUAGGCAAUUUAACAGCAAAAAAAACACACUUCCUUUUAUCGUCAAAAAUCUCUUUAUUUAUCUUAAGACAGGUGUUUUUUAUUAUAUAUUAUCAUAACAUUCAAUAUAAUAUGAUAACGACCACAUUUUCAUAUUUUAGACUAGUAACAGUAAUAAAAUAUCUAUUAUAUAAGAAA